GAGCAGGUGAGAAAUAUAUCCUAGCUAUAUGAGAAAGGGAAAGGACAGAACAGGUUCUUGAAUGGGUCCGUCAAUGCUGGGGAACGUAAAACAAAGAAUUGUCAUCGAUUGAUCUAUUUAUGGAUAUAAUGGUAGUGUCCCGGUGUAUGUGAUGGUUUUGGAAGGAGUGGAUGCAGUCGCACGUUGGCAAGCUAUCCUAGGACCUGCAGAUCCCGCAGAAGCCACUGAAGAACAUCCGACAAGUAUUCGUGCUUUAUAUGGUGUCGAUUCAAUGCAUAAUGCUUGCCACGGGACAACCUCGGAAGAGGAAUUAGAACAUGAGUUUUCUUGGUUGCAAAGCGUCGUCAUUGAUGAUUUAACCUUUCUCUCCGACACCGUUCGACAAAAUUAUACCAAAAAAUCUGUUAAAAAACAAGCUAUACCCACACCGACCAGUAACAGUCGAUUACCCACUGUUCGAAAUCAGAAAAAGUCUCCCAUAGGCGCUGUGAAACCGGCAGCCGAUAAACCUUCGGCGGUGCCGCGCUUAGGUCCCAAGCCAGCAACCCAAAGCGCUCGAACGGCAACCACACGAAAACCGUCACCUACCACAGCAGUUCGCAAAAGCGCUUCGCAGAACACGCCUUCUGCCGUACCAUCAAAACUACCUAGUACAGGACAAACGACCCGUCGUCCGAAUCAAGAUGAACGUAGAAAACAGGUAGACGCACGGAAGAAGACUCAUUUGCCUGGUAACACGAGUGGCAACAGAGACCAUGCGGCAUCAACUCGUAUUGCUACACGGAAUGAGGCGGCCGCUGGAGGACGCCGAGGCAGCAUGACCUCCACUAAACUAUCAACCACGGGCGGAAUUUCGAAAAACACGCCACCUAUUUCUGUCCUUACCGGCCGAACGCGAAAAUACAGCCGAAGUGUUCCGAAAAAGGAAGCGCCCGAAAAAGCUACACAGGCGGCUGCAACUCCCAAACCAGCUGACACAGUGGCAGAACCGCAAACAGAGUUAGGCAAUAGUGAACCGGUAGCUGUUCUAUCGGAUGACGUUACUGAAGAGGAUGGCCGUGCCAAGCUGAAUGAAGAAGAGAAACACCAAAACCCUACUUUACAAGAAAUAUCGGACGGGGAAAACAGCGCCAACGACAGAAAAACAGAAAGGAUCAAAGAGGACGAUGCUUAUCACAGUAACGACGAAGGUUUCAUCGAAGCUGCCAAUAUGCCGAUGAAUCAAGUUGAUUUGCAGCCGAUGAUCACCGAAAGUGCAACAUCAAUCAUAAGCCAGAGCGACCGGGAUAGUAAAGUCGAGUCUGAAAGUGAGCAUGACGCGGAAGUGGCGGCCACAACCUCCAUGAGAAUGACCACUCCUCUGCCUAGUCGACCCUCUUUGACCGAUCGACGCACUUCUUCCUCUUCUCGAGCUUCUUUCUCACCUCGAAGUAUGACCUCGCUGCCACGUCCAGAGACACCAGAAGUGGAUCAACUACGACAACGGUUCGAAGUGCUAGCUAUGCCUGCGCCUGUCAUCGAAAAGCGUCCUAGCGUCAUUUCUCCUGAAAUUGCUUUGCGUAUCAAAGACAUGAAACCUAAAGAUCCCGCUGGAGCACGUGUUAAGAGCAUGGUGGAAUUCUUUAUGGAUGAGAAUCUUCACAAGUGGGAAUUUUGAAGAGGCUUGACGCCCUUUUGCCUUUUUGUCUCAACAUUUAUUUCUUUCGUUUUGUUCACCAUUCCUUUUUUGCUACCUUGUUUCUUAUGAUGAUCACACCCGGAUACCCUCUCCUUUUUUUUGCGCCCCCUGCCAUAUUCCUUAUC